UGGAGGCAGCUUCCGACUUACGAAGCGCAGCGGCCAAAGCACGUGUGGUCUGUGGUUGGGGUUCUUGUAGUAUUUUGUUCGUUUUCCCUGCAUCUGGUGAAAUUGUCAGACCGCUAUCCUUUCAGGCCUAAGGAUGAAGGCGAGAAGAAACAAAAAACAAGUUCCAAGCUUUCGGAAGUUGCUAAAAACUAGUAAAGUCAAACUUGAAAACAAGCUAAAAAAUAAGCAGUUUAAACAACAAAGCACUCUCAAGAAAUACCGAAAAGAACAGAGGAAAUUAAGGCAAGCUGUAAAAGAUGCUGUGUCUAAGAAACCCAUCCCAUUGGAAGACCCAAAGGAAAAACGACCAGGUAAAAGGAUUGAGUGGGAAGGGGAGGAAGAAGAGGAAGUCCUUCCUUUAGAUAUGAUGGAUGAAGAUGACUUACAGUUAAUGAAGGAUUUAGGACAAAGAGCAUCUUUUCUAACAAGAGAUCUUUCUUCCAGUGAGCCUGUUCACGCCAAGAAACGAAAGCAUGAAAACAUUAUAGAGAAAUAUGAAAAAAUACCGAGAAGUCUGCAAACUGCACCGGAGAAAGAACUAAUUCACUUGCUUCCUAUCAAAGAUAAAAGUGGUAUAAUUCCACAGACCAGGGAGAAGCCAGUUAUUGAAAGUAACAAAGAUGAAGAGGAUCAAGAAGAAAAGGGACUUGAGGAAGAGAUCAUUGAAGAGCCCAUUCCAGAGCUGACCUUAGAAGAACAUGUAAUGGAGAGAAAGAAAAAACUGCAGGAGAAGAAAAUGCAUAUUGCAGCCUUGGCAUCUGCCAUAUUAUCAGAUCCAGAAAGUAAUAUUAAAAAAUUGAAAGAGUUACGUUCCAUGCUAAUGGAACAGGAUCCUGAUGUGGCUGUUACUGUUCGAAAGCUGGUGGUAGUUUCUUUGAUGGAGUUAUUUAAAGACAUUACUCCUUCGUAUAAAAUCCGACCCCUAACAGAAGCAGAAAAAUCUACCAAGAUCCGCAGAGAAACCCAGAAGUUAAGAGAAUUUGAAGAAGGCCUGGUUAGCCAAUACAAAUUUUAUUUGGAAAAUCUUGAACAAAUGGUUAAAGACUGGAAGCAAAGGAAGCUGAAGAGAAGUAAUGUAGUUUCCUUAAAGGCAUAUAAAGGACUGGCAGAAGUGGCUGUAAAGAGCCUGUGUGAGCUGUUGGUGGCACUACCUCAUUUUAACUUUCACAACAACAUCAUUGUAUUGAUUGUCCCUCUCAUGAAUGACAUGUCAAAGUCGGUAUCUGAUAUGUGUUGUGAGGCAGUCAAGAAACUCUUUAAACAAGAUAAAUUAGGCCAAGCUUCCCUUGGUGUAAUUAAAGUAAUUUCUGGUUUUGUGAAGGGCAGAAAUUACGAAGUUAGGCCAGAGAUGUUAAAAACAUUCUUGUACCUGAGAAUCAAGGAAGUAGAAGUGAAAAAAGACACAGAGGACAUUAAUAAACCAAAAAAGUUCAUGACUUUCAAGGAAAAAAGAAAAACUCUAUCAAGAAUGCAGAGAAAGUGGAAGAAAGCAGAAGAGAAACUAGAGCGAGAGCUUCGGGAGGCAGAAGCUUCAGAGAGUACUGAGAGAAAACUUAAACUGCAUACAGAGACUCUGAAUAUUGUGUUUGUAACCUACUUUAGAAUAUUGAAGAAAGCUCAGAGGUCACCGCUCCUGCCAGCAGUUCUAGAAGGACUUGCCAAGUUUGCUCACCUUAUAAAUGUGGAGUUUUUUGAUGAUUUAUUAGUAGUUCUACAUUCUCUGAUUGAGUCUGGUGACCUGAGCUACCGAGAAAGUCUUCACUGUGUACAGACUGCUUUUCAUAUUCUUUCUGGCCAGGGUGAUGUUCUCAAUAUUGAUCCAAUGAAAUUCUAUACACACCUCUACAAAACACUGUUCAAGUUACAUGCAGGUGCUACCAAUGAAGAUGUUGAGAUUAUACUCCAGUGCUUGGAUGUCAUGCUAACUAAGCGCAGAAAGCAGGUUUCUCAGCAGCGAGCCCUUGCAUUCAUCAAGCGUCUUUCUACCCUUGCUCUUCAUGUUCUUCCAAAUGCAAGCAUUGGUAUUUUAGCAGCUAACAGAAUAUUAAUGCAUACCUUCCCAAAAACAGAUCUGUUGCUUGACAAUGAAUCUCAGGGAAGUGGGGUCUUCCUCCCUGAGCUGGAUGAACCCGAGUACUGUAAUGCUCAGAACACUGCUCUUUGGGAAUUGCAUGCACUCCGGAGACAUUACCAUCCCAUAGUGCAGAUUUUUGCAGCUCACCUGAUCGCAGGAGCACCUUCUGAAGGCUCUGAAGUGCUCAAACCAGAGUUGAGCCGAAGAACUGCUGCUGAACUUUUUGAGACUUACAGCAUGGCAGCAAUGACAUUUAAUCCUCCUGUUGCAUCUUCAAAUUCCAAAAGGAAGGAUAAAGUUUUACAGGGGGAUUUGUUUUUGAAUGAAGAUUUAAAUCAACUAAUCAAAAGAUGUUGCAAUGAAACUGCUACUCAGAUUCCUCUGGAUUUCACCAAAUACUUGGAAACGUCGCUACGGUAGUGAAAGAAUGAAGAAUCCCUGGAUUUUUUUGUGUAUUUGUGUGUUUGUGAAGGCACACAUAUAGAUAUGUUAUUAACUUAGGAGCUUUUUUUUACAAGGGAAACUUUCUGAGAACAAAUAACAGAAGAGGAAGUGUUACUCUGCAUGGCACAGGGUCCUGCCCUAAUUCUGUAAAUGUCAUCAUUAAGAAAGGAGAAUUGAAAGCCUUUUUCCUCAAAUAUUUUGAAAUUUCUUUCUCAGUGAUGCUGCCUUUUAAAAACUACAUGUUAAGUUAUAAUUUUUUUGGAACUGAGUCUGGUUGACAUGCAUUUGUUGGGUUAAAAUCAGGGUACAGAAAAAACGAGACCAUGAGAAUGCUUUUUACCAUUCAGCUACUUUUCAUAACCAGAUCUUUUAUUUUUAUUGUAACACUAUAGAUGGAAGUGAGAAACAUUUUAAAUUUGAGUGAAUGUAUUUUUAUGAAGAUUUUUGGAAAAAGAGAAAAUAGCUUGAAAUUUGACACCAGAUUCAUUGGUUCUUGCUGGGUGAGUGUUCAUUUUGGCUACUUUGAAAGAAAGUGAGUGUGAUGCUAGUCUCUUUGAAGUACUUUAAGUUUUCUGACAUGCUCUGGAGGGUGAUGGGGGAAGGAUUGCUCCAUUGUGAAAAACAAAGUCUGUGACUUUCACUGUUCGGUUUAGGGACAAAAGGUAACCAGUGAGGGGCUUUUUUUCUUCUUUUUUUUUUUUGUAGGUAAAAUGCCUAUUAUGAAUAUAAUUAUAAAGCAGCAUUUUAUAUAACAGCUAUUCCUAUAUUCUAGGAAUGGCUUGUGAAAUAAGUAUUUUGAUGACCUGGUUAUAAAUAUUCUCUAGUGUCAACAGUUGAAUAAAACAGCUACUUUUUUUUGCCUCCUGUUCUUGGAAUGUGAGAAAUUUAAAAAAACAAAAGCUCAACAGCCCAACUAAAUUGAUCUCUUAUUGUUUCAAAGCCAUAGAAGUCAGUGAUUUGGGUCUGGAGUUUAGAGUUGCCCCACCCUUACCCCCACCCCUUUACUAUUCUAGCAAAGUUAGGGAUAUCAGCUUAAUAGUGCAUGUUAAUCUUCUAGCAUAUUUUUAUAUGUGAUUUUAAAAAGUGUUCUCUGAGGUCAGAUAUUUUUACUUUUGAUUAUUUGUUUAGUAAUGAGAAUGUAUGAUUCAGUAUAUAAAUACUUGCUGUGAAGCCACCUUUCAGAUCUAAAGCAAAGUCCAGGAGUGUUAUAAAUUAUUGUGUGGAUGACCAGGGUCUGUCCGCACUAGAGCACAAGUGACCAACACAUGUCACAAAUCAUUUCUUUUCCAAACAUACAUUUAUACAUCAGUUCGGCACAGGAAACUGCAGUUCAGGUGAAAAAUCAGUUUUAAAAUGGAAAUUCACCAGCUAUUUCAGGCUUCUAUUAUGCUUUUAACUUUCUCAGUGUGCAUAUUGGAGCUGUAAAAUAAUACAUCCAGUAGUAAUUUGAAUAUCCUAUAUGAAUUUGAGGAUGAAACACAUUUGUGCAUUUACACAACCUUAUAAUAUCGAUGAAUUUUAUUUUCAGAAGUAACUAAUGUAAUCAUUAAUGAUAAUACACACAUACCUUGAGGCUCCACUAAACUAGAGCCUUAAUUUUUAUUUUAAAUAAAUAUUGGGCACCUACUAUGUGCUUAGCACUGUGCUAGGCACUUAAAAGUGGUGCAGGGGUAAUGACAGGUGUAAGACACAUUUUUUCGUUCUGAGUCAAAUCAUUCACACAAAACUUUAAAACAGUGUAAGAAUGAAUUGUUUCUGAAAGUUCAAGGACCUAUGUCAUCUGAAAUAGGGAGUGUUUCAGAGGUCUGCUUGGUGGCAGACUUAAAUACAAUAAUUUUAGAUCUCAGUGACGGAUGAAAAUAGCUUGGUCAUAGAGAUGCAGGUGUUAUGUCAAAAUCUUUAUUCCUCAUCCAAGUUUGGCUUUUAGGAAGUUGGUAGAGAUAAGGCAGAGAACACAUAAAUUAUAAACAAUGUACUGUAUGAUGGAAAUGUUGACCCAAGUAUGGACCAAAGAGACCAGCUAGGAACACCCUCCUUUUUAUUGGCAUGGGGCAUAGUCGUGGAGCUCUGUUUUAGAGUCAGCUCAAUUUUACUGGACUAGUGAGCAAGGCUUGAUUACCUUUAAGAUAAGCGAGGUCUUUAGGUGUCUGGAAGGAAGCUAUUGACUGCUAACCAGAAGGUCAGCAAUUCGAAACCACCAGAGGCUCUGUGGGAGAAAGAUGUGGCAGUUUGCUUCUGUCGAGAUUUACAGCCUAGGAGACCC